ACAGACCAAGUAGUAUUGACCCAUGGGCUAGCCCAUGAACUGGUUAGAGAAUCGACCAACUAGGCUAGAACCUAGCCAACAAACCUAGUUGUGACCAUUUUUCUCGAUAAAGGGGAGCUGGAACUCGGUUUGGCCAAUCAAACUAGGUUGUGUUUGACUUUGUUUGGACAUAGCUUAUGCAUGAAUCUCAGGCCAAAUAAGGUUGUUGAUCGCGGUCAAAAUCGAUUAAUCCCUAUCCAAUGAUAAGGCUUUCAAAUCUUAGGUAUUUUCCAAGUCUCAUUUAACGUCUUUGUCACGUAGUUAUUAAAUGUAUGUUGACUGAGGGUGGACACUUGACAUAAUAGGCCCUUGCUUUGGAAAACAAGUUUGAAACUUGGACUUUGUCUCAUUAAUGAGGGGGACACCUUGGCCUAAUUAGGAGGGUUCACACUUAGGGUUCACACUUAGGUCUUAGAAACUAAGUGCGAACAAAUAUGAACAAUGCGAAUAUAUUCAAUGAAGUGUGGGCUACUAAGAAAUAUGUGUCCCUAUAGCCUAGCCUAGCCAUAACACUAAACUAAGUAGAAGAUCUUGGAGGCCAAGAAAAGGACUACACACCCAUUGGAAGAAGAAGCAAGCAAGUCAAGCCAUCUUGGAUAAGAUCAGAGUGCAUUAAAUACAUUUUGCUUUUAGUUAUUUAAUACUAAGAUGAAGUGUUCAAGCUAACCUAGGAUUUAUUGGAAACUUGGAAGAUAAGAAUACCCAACAAUUAAUACUUCUUGGCCAGGUAGGACGCCUCUUUCUAACUAAGAUUGACACUUGAUUUUCGAAAUUAUUGGACCCCUGCUAUUUGCCAAUUUUACACAGCUUCUUGUGCUUUGAAUUUGAAGAAACUUCAUUUAUGAAAGCUAUUUAAAAGAUCCUGAUAAUAAGCUUCUGGUAUAAAUCUUGAUCGGUCAAUGUUAAAUGUAAUCAUCAAACUUAUUUCUCUUGUGCUUGCAGGGAAACCUGUGUUUAUCAAUGGAUAGGCCUGAAGCAGCUGUAGUUGCCUUCAGAGGAGCUCGAGAGUUGAGGCCUGAUCUUCGUUCAUAUCAAGGUUUAGUUUGCUCUUAUUUGGCAUGCUCAAAAGUUAAAGAAGCCCUUUAUACGGCCAGGGAAGCAAUGAAAGCAAUGCCUCAAUCUGCAAGGGCUCUAAAAUUGGUUGGAGAUGUACAUGCUAGGAAUCCUGGUGGUAGGGAGAAGGCAAAAAAGUUCUAUGAGUCAGCUCUUCGUCUCGAACCUGGUUACCUUGGAGCUGCAUUAGCUUUGGCUGAACUGCAUGUCAUUGAGGGACGAAAUGGAGAUGCCGUCUCUCUUCUUGAGAGAUAUCUCGAGGACUGGGCAGAUGACCGUCUUCAUGUUAAGUUGGCUCAAGUUUUCUCUGCAACUAAUAUGCUGGAGGAUGCGUUGGCCCAUUAUCAGCCUGCAUUAAGGAUCAACUCGCAGAAUGAAGCUGCCAAGAAAGGAUUGGACCGCUUGGAGAGACAGAUGAAGGGAGUGGAUCCAGAUGCACCUGACGAAGAUGAAGAAAACGAGGUUGAGGAUGCAGAUGCAGAUGUCGAGGAGACGGAGCUGCUAUAAUAUAAAGCCUGAACAAUGUCAUGCUUCAUACAUGGAAGGACAGCUUUGCGAAGGUUAGGUCAUCUGAAUCUUUGAUCAGGGCAUUUGUGAUCCUUUUGGAGCCAGAAAAUGGAGAUUCUUCUGCUUUUGCUUGGAUAAUCAUGAGCAGCGUCGUGACGGAUGGUACAGAUUUUUGGGUGAGUCCAUGCAGUGCAAAUGUUCGCAAAGGUCUGAAAAGCCCGCCUUAUUCCUUCAAUAUGUGAAUAUAGUGUUGUCCAUGAGCAGGUUCCAAAUAUAGUGCAGCACGGCUUUCUGUUCGCCUCUGAAUUUGAUGGACGUUCAUGUGCCAUGCAAAAUACUUCUGUAUACCAUUCUACAUUUGAGCCUUC